AUGGCCCGGAGCAUUAAUGCUGAAGUCUUUGUUAGAGGCUGCGAUGUACAGAGAGAUGAACUAGAUGAGGGCUUCUGCCAGCCUUCCUCCCAGAGCCUUCCAUCCAGAGCCUUCGUUCCAGAGUCUUCCUCCCAGAUCCUUCCUCCCAGAGCCUUCCUCCCAGAGCCUUCCUCUCAGAGCCUUCCUUCCAGAGUCUUCCUCCCAGUCUUCCUCCCAGAGCCUUCCUCCCAGAGCCUUCCUCUCAGAGCCUUCCUUCCAGAGUCUUCCUCCCAGAGUCUUCCUCCCAGAGCCUUCCUCCCAGAGCCUUCCUCCCAGAGCCUUCCUCCCAGAGCCUUCCUCCCAGAGUCUUCCUCCCAGAGUCUUCCUCCCAGAGCCUUCCUCCCAGAGCCUUCCUCCCAGAGUCUUCCUCCCAGUCUUCCUCCCAGAGUCUUCCUCCCAGUCUUCCUCCCAGAGCCUUCCUCCCAGUCUUCCUCCCAGAGCCUUCCUCCCAGAGCCUUCCUCCCAGAGCCUUCCUCCCAGUCUUCCUCCCAGAGUCUUCCUCACAGAGUGUUCCUCUCAGAGCCUUCCUCCCAGAGCCUUCCUCACAGAGUCUUCCUCCCAGAGUCUUCCUCCCAGAGCCUUCCUCCCAGAGCCUUCCUCCCAGUCUUCCUCCCAGAGUCUUCCUCACAGAGUGUUCCUCUCAGAGCCUUCCUCCCAGAGCCUUCCUCCCAGAGUCUUCCUCCCAGAGUCUUCCUCCCAGAGCCUUCCUCCCAGUCUUCCUCCCAGAGCCUUCCUCCCAGAGCCUUCCUCCCAGAGCCUUCCUCACAGAGCCUUCCUCCCAGUCUUCCUCCCAGAGUCUUCCUCUCAGAGCCUUCCUCCCAGAGCCUUCCUUCCAGAGUCUUCCUCCCAGAGCCUUCCUCCCAGUCUUCCUCCCAGAGUCUUCCUCUCAGAGCCUUCCUCCCAGUCUUCCUCCCAGAGUCUUCCUCUCAGAGCCUUCCUCCCAGUCUUCCUCUCAGAGCCUUCCUCCCAGUCUUCCUCCCAGAGUCUUCCUCUCAGAGUCUUCCUCCCAGUCUUCCUCCCAGAGCCUUCCUUCCAGAGCCUUCCUCCCAGUCUUCCUCCCAGAGCCUUCCUCUCAGAGCCUUCCACCCAGUCUUCCUCCCAGUCUUCCUCUCAGAGCCUUCCUUCCAGAGUCUUCCUCUCAGAGCCUUCCUUCCAGAGUCUUCCUCUCAGAGCCUUCCUUCCAGAGUCUUCCUCCCAGUCUUCCUCCCAGAGCCUUCCUCCCAGAGCCUUCCUCCCAGUCUUCCUCCCAGAGUCUUCCUCUCAGAGUCUUCCUCCCAGUCUUCCUCUCAGAGCCUUCCUUCCAGAGCCUUGAUCUCAGAGCCUUCCUCCCAGUCUUCCUUCCAGAGUCUUCCUCUCAGAGUCUUCCUCCCAGUCUUCCUCUCAGAGCCUUCCUCCCAGAGCCUUCCUUCCAGAGCCUUCCUCCCAGUCUUCCUCACAGAGUCUUCCUCUCAGAGCCUUCCUCCCAGAGCCUUCCUUCCAGAGCCUUCCUCCCAGUCUUCUUCACAGAGUCUUCCUCUCAGAGUCUUCCUCUCAGAGCCUUCCUCCCAGAGCCUUCCUUCCAGAGCCUUCCUCCCAGUCUUCCUCACAGAGUCUUCCUCUCAGAGCCUUCCUCCCAGUCUUCCUCCCAGAGUCUUCCUCUCAGAGCCUUCCUUCCAGAGCCUUCCUCCCAGUCUUCCUUCCCGAGUCUUCCUCUCAGAGUCUUCCUCUCAGAGUCUUCCUCCCAGAGCCUUCCUCCCAGUCUUCCUCCCAGAGUCUUCCUCUCAGAGCCUUCCUCCCAGUCUUCCUCUCAGAGCCUUCCUUCCAGAGCCUUGA